GAGAAAUAAAAAGUGUGUUGGUGGCGUGGCUUUGACCAAACUAAAACCUCACUCUCUCGUCUCGGGUUUUUGGGUUAAACCCGGCAACGGAACAAUGCAGACGAGAUCCUCAUCGUCACCCUUGUCUGACGACCUCCGCCGCGAGGACCAGCUGCAGAUCGUGGACACUAUUUCGUUUCGCGGCAAAAUUUUGCCUGGUUGGACCGUCGUGAAUCGGCCGCCAUCUAGCGGAAACGGCAAUGCCGAUACGUACUUUAUUGAGCCAGGGACUGGUAGACAAUUUUCAUCUUUAGAAGCUGUUCAGAGGCACUUGACUGGAGAAGUAAGUGAUAGACGCGUGACUAGAGCACGAGCCGUCUCCCAGGAUAGGACAAGGGUCUAUGAAGGAGCCAGAACUGAACAGGAUCUUCGUAAUGUUGAAUAUGCCUCCAAGGGGUUUAGAUUGCCGAGAGGAUGGUCUGUUGAGGAGGUUCCAAGGAAAAACUCUUAUCAGAUUGAUAAGUAUUACGUUGAGCGGAAAACAGGAAAACGAUUCCGUUCUCUUAUUUCUGUCGAGAGAUACUUAACAGAAUCCAGGAACCGUGCAGAUCAAAAGCUUAUGCUUUUACAGUGUAAACGCAGCCAUUCCAAAGAUUUCAGUUUACCUGAUGGAUGGAUCGUUGAGGAGAAACCGCGAAAAACUUCCAGUCAUAUAGACAGGUCUUACAUUGAGCCAAAAACAGGGAAUAAAUUCCGUUCCAUGGCAGCCGUUGAGAGAUACUUGCUAUCAGUCGGGAAUGCUACACUUGACUCGGUUUCUAUGCUACAAUCCAACCAGAUUGCUCUUGCGGUGAACCGGAAUGAUACCAGAUUUCUGAAGGAAUUUAUUGACCCAAACCCACCGAAGAAAGUUAAAUGGGUCCUUACCGGUCCAGGCGGAAACAUGUUUACCGCCAAAGUGAGCGGAUCAGACGUCUCUAGCUCAGUCAAACAGACAUGGUCCGAGGCGUUUGUUUCAAUGAUCCAAGACCGCUCUUAACAAAGAUGUGACUAAGUUUGGUCUAUAUCUGUGGUUGGGUUUAUCAUGUUGGGUUACCUUUAACAAGCUAGUCCAGUCGGCAGUCUCUUCAAGUUGUUCAUACUUCAGUCUUUUGAUAGAUUCUCCAUCUCUGUUAAAAUUCGAUGUGAACCGGAGUUUGGGUAGUUAUGUUAGUGCUCAUGUUAAGUUACGGAACAUUAAGUUGUCUGUAGUAAAGGUGAAAUACUGGUUGAAAUUUUCCAAAGUCUUAACAUAUAGUAUGUUUUAAAAACUGAUUUAUGUUGUCUUCCUCGUUA